GAAUGGGGCCUGUGAUUGUGUUGUGCAUAGUUGCCUGUGUGUGACUGUCAAAUACGUGAGGACUGCCACUGCAGCCUCAGCUUGGCCAGCCCGGAGGGAUAGAGGGAAGAGCAGGAAGAGCGCUGCCUUGGGGCGCUGGGCCCAGGCUGGGACAACAGGCUUGUUGGCUCCCUCCGCGAUCAGCACCGGAGGCCACCUUCCCCGAGUCUGCUCGGCGCCGUUCCUGGCCCAGUCCGACCCGAUCUCGGCCCAGGGCCGGUGUUGGCGUCUCGCUCACGGUUCCCAUCUGCACCUCGGGGUUCUGCGCUCUGCUCGCUAUGGAGCUCGGGCCGUACAGCAGGCCCGCCGAGCCUGGGCAUUGCGUGAGCGGCCCUGCGGGCGCGGGCUCAGCGAUCCUGGAGUCCCCGUUGACCGCCGCCCGGGUGGAGCCCGGGAGCAGCCCUGGAACCGUGGCCGCCGUGCUGCCGGCUGGGGGUUGUGGGGAAAGAAUGGGCGUCCGCACCCCGAAGCAGUUCUGCCGGGUUCUGGAGAGGCCGCUCAUCAGCUACACUUUGCAGGCCAUGGAGAGAGUAUGCUGGAUUAAGGACAUUGUUGUGACCGUGACAGGGGAGAACAUGGAAGCAAUGAGAAGUAUCAUCCAGAGGUAUGGGCAUAAGCGCAUCUCACUAGCUGAGGCCGGAGCCACACGCCACAGAUCAAUUUUCAAUGGACUGAAAGCCCUGGCAGAAGAUCAGCCAGACUGUAAACUCACUAAGCCAGAAGUUGUGAUUAUCCAUGAUGCCGUGAGACCUUUUGUUGAGGAAGAUAUCCUCCUGAAUGUUGUCUUAGCAGCUAAGGAACAUGGGGCAGCAGGAGCAAUUCGACCUCUGGUGUCCACUGUCAUCAGUCCCUCUGCUGAUGGUCACUUAGACCACUCACUGGACCGUGCCAAGCAUAGGGCAAGCGAAAUGCCCCAGGCUUUUCUCUUUGAUGUGAUCUACGAAGCAUAUCAGCAGUGUAGUGAUUUUGACUUGGAAUUUGGAACAGAGUGCUUGCAGUUGGCUCUAAAAUACUGUCAUCGGAAAGCAAAACUUGUAGAAGGGUCCUCUAACCUCUGGAAGGUGACCUACAAACAAGAUCUGUGUGCAGCUGAAGCCAUGAUUAAGGAGAAAAUUUCACAAGAGAUUUGUGUGGUCAUGAACACAAAAGAUGAAGCAUCUGUAGGACAUCUUCUUGAGGAAGUGCUAAGAAGUGAACUGAAUUGUAUUAAAGUCACAUCCACAGUUAUGGAUCACACAGGCAGAGUCAUUAAGAACUUCACAGACCAAUGCUACAGUUUUAUCUGUGUGAAUGUUGUGUCCUCCGAUAGUCAAGAAAUCGGAAAGUUACUGAGUAUACUCGAAGAGAGCAGCCUUCCUCUUCUGUAUCCUGUAGUUGUUGUUUUGGUGUAUUGCUUUGACUUCACCUUAGUACCGCUCGCUCAGAAGAUGGAAAGCCUGAUGUGGAUUAGGGCGUUAGCAAAGGAAGUGAAAGUAAGGAAUAUUCUAUUAAGUGGAGUCCUCCUAAAUUACUCACAGGAUGAGCAGAAGCUACAAGAGAGUCUAGGACAAAGUGCAGCCAUCAUAGCUGCCUUAGUGAAGGAAAGAAAUUCUGCACUCGUGGGACAGCUCCUGGUGGCAUGAAGAACACAGACAAAAGUCAUCCAUAAGCUUCCAAAGAGACUUCCCUAAGACACUCCCUUCCCCCACCUCAAUGUCUCUUCCUUGUGCAUAGAAUAUUUUGUUAUUUUGUUUAUUUUGCUACUUAUUGGAUGUGAUGAUUAGGUUGUAAAAAUGGGUUAAUGUUUGUGUCCAUGAAAUUAUGUGUCAAAUAAAAAUGACUCCAACCAGAAAGAGAUAAGUAAAUGGAAAAUACUGCUUUCAUGUAAAGAAUCUGUUCAGUACUGCAGCAAGUGCAACUGAAAUGAUAAGGUGACCCAUUCCUUCAACAGACGAGUUUAGACAGCUUGACUGCUAUGUUAAGUCUACGUUAAUUUAAAUAUUGGUCACAUAGUGGAGCUAAUGAAUACGCUUCAAAAUGAGUCCUAAUUCUAAAAUCAUCCUCUUACUAUGUGAUAAUGUACCUUUUGCCUUGUUUUGGAAUUCACUAUCCCUUCUAAAGAGGAGGGGAGCUGGGAAAUAGGCUUAGUGGGCAAGCUCUUGCCUAGUGUGGAUAGAGCAGCAUCACCGAAGACAAAGAAAACCAUGCUGGUAAAUAUUGGGCAGAAACAGGAAAGGAGAUGUCUCCAGUUCUCGUCCCCUUUGCCUCUUAUUGCUCUCCACCUCUAGAGAUCUCUAAAGAGAAUGAGAUCUUUUGUCAGUUUUAAAUUGUGCCUUUUCUUUGGUUUAGGAGCUGUUAUGCUGACAUUAUUUUAAAGAGUCUUACUUCUUCUGGGUUACUUUCAGAAAUGUUUGGAGAGCUUCAUGAAAGUUGAGUUGUGUCAGUCCAUCUGUGCCCACCAGUCUUCUGAAAAGCAGGGAGGCCAGUGCUGUGGAGUUAGCUAAUCUUGAUGCAGGAAUGGCGGCCUUGCUAAAUCAAGAUUUCAUUCUCUUUCAUUUCUACUGGUUAUAAUAUUGUUCUUUAUGUUGCAUUUAAAAAUUUUAUAUUCAUACAGUUGUUAAAAUUCCUUUGCUUAUAUACGUACAUUUUUAUCGAAAUAUGUUGUCAGAACACUCUAGAACUUACACUGGAUGAAGAAAUUAUAAAAGCUGCAUGAGUGUUUUUACUCAGGAUUGUCAAUAAAUAUGCCUACUUUCUGAAAUGUCUGCUGUAACAUGUUAAAUAAAUUACUCUAUAUUUUUGAGGUUCAAGACACAA